GGUUAAAGUCACCAGUGCUAGCAAUUUCCAUCACAGUUAUGUUGCGGCCAUUUUUUGUGUAUAGUAAUGCUGUCAUCACAUCAAUGUUAUUUUUGACAAAUCGCAUCGACAAUUCCCUACGAAAUUCGAGAAUAGUAUAGGAGGUAAAUUUCCUGUCACAAUGGAAGAGGAUCAACGUACUGUUUGGUGUGGUAAUUUAAGCGAUAAAGUUACCGAAGACAUACUUUACGAGUUGUUUCUGCAAGGCGGGCCAGUUCAGAGGGUUUCGAUACCUAAGGACAAAGACGGAAAACAACGAACCUAUGGUUUUAUCACAUUUAAGCACGCUGUUUCUGUACCGUACGUGCUUGAUCUCUUUGAAGGCACAGCACUGUUCGACAGAACACUGAGUAUGAAAACUCGAAACAAUAUAGAAGUACCAGUACAAUCGCACCCCAACAGCAGAUUGAGAAAACAAGAAGUCAGCCACGACUUGAACAACGUGCUCCAAUUACAGAACAAAAUGAUAAUUGGUAACUUGAUGCAUGGACUAUGCGUUGGGCCAGAAAUGCUCAUGUAUCCGAGUCAAUUAAAUCCUGGGGCAUAUCCAGAAAAUCGAUCCCAACCGGCGUCGCAACCUUAUCAGCAGUGCGAAGGUGGUAGAGAACGUAACAGUUACAAAAGUAGAAAUGAUCGCAGGGAAAGACAUCUGUCACAUCGGUCAAAUGAUUACUCGCGAAAUUCUGAUCACAGAAAUAGCAGAAGGCAUUAUCGGAAAUAACAACAUAAACUCUCAGUUAAGAUGUGUGAUCAAAAUCUAAAGAUAUCUAUACUCAGUUUUGUAAUGUAUGUAAUUUUAAAAAGAAUGGCAUUCGUGGCAUGAAUGCAACAAAUACAAUUUCUAAGUUUUUAAUA